CUUUUAUGGAAACAGCACACCGACACACAACCAGCAACCAGUCGAGUUGGUGCACCGGGUGGUCGCAUCUCGGAUUGUAUUGGCCUGAGUUUUUCACUUCUUCUGGUUUAUAUCUCCACAGAGGAUUUCUGUUUUUGUUUAAUAAACUAACGUAAAGGAGGACGAAAGCACGCGAAAGAGGUAAAACUUUAACACAGCCUGUUUGUCAACUUGUCAUUGUGGUACAAACAUGACGGAGGUGGCGCAGGUCGCGGACGUAGUCGCCCACAACAUGGAUGACGUCACAAGUGAAAAUGAACACAGCUUGAGUGAUGCAGAAAACAAGGAGGACGACACAGCGGUUGACAAAGAUGACGUCCCGGAGGAGAAAAGUGAGAAGACGUCAUGCAAAGAGGAGAAAAAUGAUGAAGAAAGCAAUGAGACUGGCGUGCCACAUGUGAACGGUGUGGAGCACAAAGACAACAACACAGCCAAUGAGAAAAAAGAAAGAUCAAAAGCUGUUAAUGGCGUAACAGAGGACGGAGAGACGAAGAAGCAUCCUCAUCCUGACACAAAUGAAGAACAGAAUAUAUCUGAUGUGGCACUUAAGAAAGAUAAACUUCUCAGAUCCAGAAAGCCGGUGGCCAGAAGCUAUGUGCCCAAGCUGAGCAAAGAAAAGGGGGAUGUGACAGGCAAGUUUGAGGCCAUGCAGAAGGCCAGGGAGGAGCGCAGCAGGCAGAGAAACAAGGAGGAGCAGCAGAAGAGGAAAGAGCAAUACGUCAAGGAGAGAGAGUGGAAUCGCAGGAAGCAGCAGAUAAAAGAACUACUCGCUUCCAGUGAUGAGGAGGAAGAGGUGAAGCCAGCGAAGGUAGAAAAAUCCUAUGUCCCCAAAAUCACAGGUAGUGUGAAGGGGAAGUUUGCAGAAAUGGAAAAACAAAGACAAGAGGAGGAGAGGAAGAGGAUGGAGGAGGAGAGGAGGAAAAGAGAAGCCCAGGACAACAUAGAAAAAGCCAAAAUCAAGAAAGAAUUGGCUCAGAAAGCAGCUGAGGAGGGAGAUGACACAAUCCUGGUUCGGGUGGUUCCAGCGAAGCCAUCACGACCUCCAGGCAGAAUCAAGGUGAACUUUGAGGACAUGGAGAAGAAUCGAGAGGAGGAACUGAGGAAGAAGGCAGAAGAGGAGAAAAAGCAACGGUACAAUGAAAACAAACGCUCCUUCAGGGAAGCCAAGCGGCGCUCGGUUGUUGAACAGGAUGAAGAGGAGAAGCCCUCUGAGAAGGUACAGGUGACCCCGGGAAAGCUGAAGCUGACAUUUGAGGAGCUGGAGAGGGAAAGGCAGGAGCAGAGGAAGAAGCAGGCUGAGGAAGAAGCCAAACGCCGCCUGAUAGAGGAGAAGAAAGCCUUUGAGGAGGCCAGGCAGGGAUUGGGAGAGGAUGAGGAGGACACUCAGCUGUCCCAGGAAGACAAGGAGGAGUUCCGACCUGGAAAACUGAGGUUGAGCUUUGAAGAGCUGGAGAGGCAAAGAGUUGAAGAAGUGCGCAAGAAAGCAGAAGAGGAGGCCAAGAGACGGAUGGAGGAGGAGAGAAGAGCUUUUGCUGAAGCCAGGAAGAGCAUGCUUGUAGAUGAGGAUGAUGAGGUGCUGAUGGCCUUGUUGAACCUGGAGGGCAGUAAGCCGGGGAAGAUAUGUGCCAGCUUCGAGGAGCUGGAACGGCAGAGAAGAGAGGAAGAGCAGAAGAAGGCCGAGGAGGAGGCCAAGAGGAGACUGGAGGAGGAAAAGAGACUCUUUGCUGAGGCCCGCAAGAGCAUGAGCCCUGGCCUGGAUCAGGAAAAGUCUGCAUAUGGAGAUGAAACAGUACUGGAUGAGGAAGAAGGGAUGGUGAAGAGUGAGUCUCAGGAAGCACUGCAUCCUAGGAAACUGGAGAUUAACUUUGAGGAGCUGCUGAAAGAGAAGGAGGAAGCUGAGAGAAGACGUAAGGCGGAGGAACGCAAAAAGAAGAUGGAGCAGGAGAAGCAGGAAUUCGAACAACUCAGACAAGAGAUGGGCGAGGAGGAGAUAAAUGAAAGCUCUGAUGUGGUAAGCAAAGAGUAUGAAGAGCUGACUAAGCUCAAGAGGACCGGCUCCAUCCAGGCCAAAAACCUCAAGUCCAAGUUUGAGAAGAUCAAGCAGCUGACUGAAGAGGAAAUUCAGAAAAAGAUUGAGAUGGAGAGAGCAAGAAGAAAGGCCAUUGAUGAUGAAAUUAAAGAAAGAGAGGCUGAGAGGUUCCAGGAGGAGGAUGAGGAAGGAGAAACUACCUCAGCGAGGGCUGAGGAGUCACCAUUCAAACAGAAGGUGGACAUGCGAGCCCGAUUUGAACAAAUGGCCAAAGCCAGAGAGGAGGAGGAGAGGAGGAGGAUAGAGGAGCAGAAGCUGCAGAGGAUGCAGUUUGAGCAGCAGGAGAUUGAUGCUGCCCUCCAAAAAAAAAAGGAGGACGAUGGGGAGGAGGAGGGCAGCAUCAUCAACGGCUCCACGGCCUAUGAAGAUGAGGAGGAUCACGCCAGGUCGGGGGCUCCGUGGUUUAAAAAGCCCCUUAAGAACCAAUCGGUGGUGGACUCAGAGCCUGUUCGGUUCACCGUCAAGAUCACCGGGGAGCCGAAGCCAGAGGUGACCUGGUGGUUUGAGGGAGAGAUGCUCCAGGACUGUGAGGACUAUCAGUAUAUAGAGAGAGGUGAGACGUACUGCCUCUAUCUGCCGGAGACCUUCCCAGAGGACGAGGGAGAGUACAUGUGCAAGGCUGUGAACAGCAGAGGCACGGCAGCAAGCACCUGCAUCCUCACGAUAGAAACUUAUGACUACUGAUGCCCUCUUCCACGUUCUGGAAACUUUCCCUGUUAUCUCUCACUCCUUUUGUAAAACUGUGUCCCUCAUGGUAUGGUAUGGUCAAACAGCAGAGGGAAGAAAAUAGCAGUAUGCUUGGCAUUCCUUAAGGAGGGAUACACACACACACACAAAAAAAAGCAAGAUGUUGUUUACGUAUUGCUCAAUUGUAAAGCUGCACUCCCUGUUAGAAUAGCAUGAUACCUGUGCCAAAAAACAGACAUGAUUCUUGUUCCCAUGCCAAGGGUUGCAUAAAACGUCAAAACUAUCUUCACUGAAAGGCCCUAAAGAUAUUUAUGAUACCAGCAAUGUUUAAGUAUCAUAGUACUGUACUGUAAAUAUCACACUUUAUGGUCCAUACAUGGCAAACAUGAUGCUUGAGGCAUUGUAAUAUAAAGAGUACAAUGUCCUUAUCUGCUGAUUUUAAAAAACUAAAUGCAGGAACAUCAGUAAAGCAUCUUACGUGCUUGCUUGGGUAUUUUACUACUGCUCAACAACUUCAUGAGCAUUAAUCAACGUACCCUUCCCCAUAUUAGUAAAUGGUUUUGUGAUACUUGCCUGGUAUUAUAUCAAGGGGUAACAUGUUACAGUGAUAUGACAUUGUAAUGUUAGUCACAUAUUGGAGGAACAAAACGAUUCGAACUUGUAUACCUCCUGAUUUUCAGUGAAACUCUUCAGGUCCAGAUAAAGUGUUUUUUUAAUUAUAGCAUAUAAACAAUUUUAAUAUGUUGAUUUUUCAUGCACCAACUCCCCUGUUUCUUUUAGAGUUAAAUGUAAUACUCUGAUACUUGUCAUAAUUCAGUUGUGCUGAACAGUAGGUAACUGUUUUAUGGUUUGAUAAUGAGAAAAAACAUAGUUUAGCCUGAAUAUUUGUCAUAUAUUAUAAAUGAAAAAUGUUUUAAUAAAAUGAACAAAAAUAA